GGGGUGUGUCACUUGGCUGGGGUGCGUCAGCUGGGGGUGAUCGGUUGGGGUUGAUAUGGUUCGGUUGGUGGGGUUUGAUUUUUCCUAUCUGCUUGAGAAAGCUCGUGAAGGAAAAAUCGCAAUGUCAGCUCCUAUGGCGUUUCCAGAACUUCAUGUUCCGACGGGAUUCGUGCUCGUGUUCCCAGUGCAGUCUGGAUCACUGUACAGCAAAGCAAGCCUGGAAUCCCAGACGACUGAAGGGCCCGAAGGGGCCUUUCAUGCAGAGGGAGUGCCAAAUUCAGGAAGGCGAAAACAGUCUGGUCCUUAUGAUGAAUCAGAUGCUUCCAGAGCGGCAAAUGUCACAAUGGGUACAGUCAUGCCAGCCAUGGGCGUGAGGGGGUAUGUUCUUUCAAUUGCGAAUGCAACAUGUCUGAACGAGUAUGUAGCCAGCCUUCUGUCCCAGGAACUGAUGAUUGAGAUAUUUUUCAGUAUCGACAAGGGAAAUGACACCUCUAAGGAGGGGAAUGCUCUGUCCCUGCUUGGGUUAUCUUGUCCGAAAGACGAAAGUGAAAGUAAAUUAGCAAGUGCAAGUGGCAGAGAAUUAGUCAUGAUUGCAAGCGACAGAGAAUCAGUUGUUGCAAGCGCGACAAAUACAGCAAAUAAGAUCCAGGUCAACCCCAAGUCCGAGGACUCUCUUCGAGACAAAGGCUGGAUCGUAGAAGACAUCGUCCUUGGGGAUCCCACUCAACGACAUCUGAUGGCGUGUUAUUGGAGGAACAAGCACGACUCACCUUGGCCGGCGCUGCAGUGGGCRGUGGCGAGCUUGGMCAUAACUUCCCUGGUGUCUCUGGGCCUUUGGAUCUCCCUCAUGCAGAUCAGAACCGCGGAGAGGGAUUUUCGGAUCAUGAAGGUUAUGAAGGAUGAAAUGGAAAGUGCCAAAAAGUUUGCCGAGCAUGCAAAUGAGGCGAAGACCAGUUUCCUGGCCACGAUGUCUCAUGAGAUUCGAACUCCCCUCAAUGGGGUCAUUGGGAUGAUGAACCUUCUGUUGAAUACGAAGUUCGAUGCAACACAGAUAGACUUUGUCAGAACAUGCCAGAGCAGCGGGAAAGCGCUUUGCUCCCUCAUAAAUGAUAUUCUGAACCUGUCCAAGAUUGAGACAGGGCACAUGGACCUGGACCUGAGAGAGUUUGACAUCCGUGGGGAACUAGACGACAUCAUGAGCCUAUUCAUGGACAAACUAAGAGAGAAGCCCACAUUGGAGCUAGCAAGCUACGUGCAUGAGGCGGUUCCCAAGCACCUCAUGGGAGAUGCUCUCAAAUUCCGACAGCGCAAGGAAGACUUUAGAUACAAGUCCUGACCUGACCGGGACUGACCUCCUUCACGUAGUACAAGAUAGCGAAGCAGAAUGCUAGAAUAAUAAUGACUAGCCCAAUCAAUGUUUCAACGCAGA